AUGUGCACGGUAGCGGUCCUUGGAGUUGGGGCGUUACACUUAGUCUUCGGGAAGGCGUGUCAUCUUCCUGUGGAAUUAGAACAUAAGGCAUUUUGGGCAUUGAAGAAGUUAAAUUUGGAUCUUGUAGUUGCUGGAGAAGCAAGAAAACUGCAGCUGAAUGAACUGGACGAGAUGCGGCUGUUUGCCUACGAAAACACCAAGCUGUAUAAAGAGAAAACAAAGAAGUGGCAUGAUCAAAGAAUUAAGGAGCGGGUGUUUGAGAAGAACCAGAAGGUCUUGUUGUUUAAUUCCAGGUUGAAACUGUUUCCUGGAAAGCUAAAAUCCCGUUGGUCGGAUCCCUUCACAGUAACUGAAGUCUACCCUUUUGGAGCUGUUUUAGUUCGAGAAGAUCAGUCCGGGAGGGAGUUCAAAGUUAAUGGGCAAAGGCUGAAGCACUACUGGGGUGGGGAGGUCGACAGGGAAAAGACCUCCGUCAGUCUGAAGGAUGCUUGA